AUGGCCCUCGCCGCUAAUGAGGCCGGUCUCCCUAUCACAUCCCGUGUCAACUCGAUCUGCAGAGCGGAGGCGGAGGUGUCGACAAACGAGGAUGGGGGCGGGCGAAAGCAGAAAGUAGCCGACCGUGAUUCAAUGGCUGUUAACUCCGGGCCGAUUCGACGGGUCGCUGGGCUGAGACCCGACCAAACUCGACGCGCGACCAGACCAGCCCAGACCAGACUAAUAGAUCUAUGCAAAGUGAUGACGUUGAGCGAAGCCCGACCGGAUGGCUCAACGGCUAUGAAUCCAGCCCUUGCUGCAGCCCUCGGGAGGAGACGCAGGCAAUACGAGGCUCCCCCGAGUUCUCUGAGCUCGUUCCCAAGUAUGGGCAGGGCGACCACGGAGGACUCGAACCAGGUUAGGUUCCAUGCCGCGUAA